AUGUCUACCGCUGGAACAUCCCUCAACCCUUCUCUGCUCGCAGUUCUCCUCGUCAUCCAAGGCCGAACCGGUUCGGGUGCGGAAAUUGUCUUCCAUUACCCUCCAGACCCUCUGUCGGCGGAGCGACCUUCUUAUGCUUCAGAGUCGACGGAUGAAGAUGACAGAGAAAGUUCCAGCAGUGGUUCGGAAGAAUCAUCCUCGGAGGAGGAUUUUGACUUGUUCACGAGACGGCUUGGGAAUGUGAUGACAGCAACGCAGAACCAAGACAACCAGUCACAACAUUCUGACGACGAGGACAGCAACUAUCUGAGCAAGAGAGGGACACAGGACAAUGGACAAUGGAAGCCUUCAUGGGAGCCGCUCCUUGGCCUCGGAGAAGAUGGGCUGGUCAGCUUGCUAGCUCCCGGUCGCGCCUGGCAUAAACGCAGGUUUGAGCUAGGCAUUAACGAUCUCACCUUCUUAGGUCGACCUGUCUAUGCUCGUGAGGAUGGUUUCUGGCGAAAACCGAAGCUGAAGAGGUCAAAAACAGUUGAAGAUGAGGGCCUUCCCUCGGAGGCUAUGGCCAGUGAUAGUGCCCUGGAUGAGGAGGGCGACGGCGACGAAGCUGCGCCGACUGACCGCGACAACAAACAGGAUUGCCAUGCAAAGGAACAUUCAAAAAGCCAGUUGACCAUGUUUCACGUUGUGUUUGUCAUGGACCCUCCGCCGGUGGAGCAUACAGCUCGGGUCAAAGAGAUGUACGACCAUGUUGUGAAAAAGUUCUCCAAGGUGCUCAAGUGGGCACAAUCACAUCAUGAUUAUGUCUGGGAACAGUCUGAACUGCUGCAGUCUAUCAGGUCGAGGCAUUUUCACCAACAAUCGUCUGCAAAGGUGCUAUAUACCGAAAUGAAACAGCGUUCUCCUUUGGCUGCUGCCAUUGCCAAAGUGUUCGAUAACAUCUCCGCCUCCAAAAUAGCUGCAAUCACACUCAGUCACAAAUUGUCCGUGUCUCUCCAGAUUCCUCCUGUCACGUCGACUUCUUAUCUUCCGUCUCUGUCUGAACCUCCACUACAGCCAGGAUUAUGGCUCACCACGGCCACGGAUCCCUCGUCUACGGCCUCAGAUCUGGACGCCACUUCUGCAGGCCCAUUACAGCUAUCCAAGAACUUCACUCUUCUACUCAAAUCGAGCCCGCAGAAGAUCCUCAAGGACAUCCAAGCGGCGGGUGGUUCAUUAGCAAUGCCGUUGACCAACUUCAUUGGACACUUGAAACCGACCAAAUCCUUCUACAAGAUAUCGAUUGCGUCCCAAAUUGCUUUAGGUGACAUUCAACAUCUGGCUCGUCACCUUGUUUACUGGCGGAGGGCCAUAGCGAUUCCACCGCUGCAUCAGCGCGAUACAUACAUCGUAUCUCCAAACGCCAACAUGAACAAGCUGAUGUCAGCUUGCAAAACAUAUGAGGCGAAUUUUCCUAUGAUGCCGUCUCUGCCGAAGAUGCUGAACGCUUUGAGCGGUACUCCUGCCCCAUAUGGUACUCUCAUUCCCAGCAGAGACCAUAAGGAAGAAUACUACCGAGUUCUUGCCUGGCUCAUGCGCGACGGCUGGGUAACACAGCUCCGGACAUUUGCGUUUAUCCGCGUGGACCCAGAAGUGAAGAAAGCAGUACGUGAAAAGGAGCGUGAAGAAUCCAAGGGCCCGAAAACUCCCGUUAUUGAGAGGGAAGCAAGCGAGCGUGACCGAGAUGCGGCGAGGAGCUUUGGUAGUGGCACACCAAACACCAUUGCAAGCGGAGCACUUUCAUCUUUCAAGCAGCGUCCAAGCAUGGUAAGCCGCCCAUCCAGUGACGGGCGACAAUCCAUUUCCACCGACCGCAACAGCGUGCGCGGCAGCGGGCAACAGUUCAAACACAAUCCCAAAGCCGCAAGCCUCAUUAUCUCCCCUCAACGUGCCUCACCCGAAGAGUCUCGGUGGCUCGACUAUAUUGCAUCCACAAUCAGCUCUUCUCGAAGCACCUCUCGGGCAGCCUUGUCCCCAUCGCCGGCUUCAUCAUCAUAUCCGGAGGCCGAAACUGCAGAAUUACGGCACUAUUGGCCCGUGUUUGUGAAAUAUUUCAGCGGGUCUGAGCCUCUCGAGAGGAUUCCUGUCAGGGAAGGCCUGAAGAGGAAGUUUGUCUGGGAUAUAUUGGAAAAGGUGGGAUUGGAUUUCGACGGCGGAGUGGAGGACGAGAAGGGAGAGAAUAAGAGAUUGUUGGUUACAAUUCGACACUGGUAG